GACGGAUUGCGAAUUAUUGUAUCUCCACCAAACCUGCUGUGAUUACUCUGAAAUAAAGGGCGUUGCAAGGACAGUGUUUUACUCUGUAUAAAUAUUGAGGUUCGUUCCGCUGUCGACUUCACGAAAUUAUUGCCAAAAAUUAUUUUGGUAUGUUCUUAAAGUCAGUCUGCAUUACGGUACGAGAACAUAACACGUGCAAAUUGUCAUAGCAUACUCUGAUUGCGGCAGCAAUACGCUUAUUUGAGUUGGAGUGAAUAACUAUCCAUUGUUUUUAUUAAUCCGUCCUCGAUUGGAUAUCACUGGAUCGUCAGGAAGACGCGUCUCUGAUGAGUGUGUUUUAUCUUGGGAUCUAGACUCCGGCCCUCGAGUAUGGCAUCAUUAUUCAGACUUCGACGGCUUUACCUUGCCCUAGCGGUUCUCUCAAUCUACGGUGGGAUAAUGUUGGUGUUGAAAGUCCUCAAAACAUCGAACGGUGGAGAGGUUUUAACCUCUCUUCUACACCAGUCUAAACUGGAGGUGGGUCACUCAGAUCGAUCGCAACAGGCGUUCAAAUUAGGAAUAAUCAACAAUACUGCGAUCCAUUUAAACAAUGUCAUUGGCCUCCAGGAGGAUCAGAAAAGCAAGAAAGAGGUUGUAAUUGAGAAAGAGGCAAAAUUAAAGAGACAACCAGAAGAGACCGAGGCAAAGUUGAAGAGAGAGCAAGAAGAGCUAAGAGUCAGAGAGCUCGAGAGGAUGCCAUUCGUAAGAGAUCCAGCAUACAAACAGUCGGUUUGCCCAAAGACUGUUUCUUCAGUGACAAAGUAUUCCAAAUGGUUCCGGGAAAGAUUCAUUCCUGGGAUUAAAGUUUUCAUUGACAAGGAAGACCUUCGCAGAGUGGAUGAGCUAAAAGUAUAUGACCUCCCAUUUGGUAUCAGACAGUCAGACCAGGCAUUCGUUGAAAUACUGAACCACACUUCGUUCCGUAAUCCGGAGCUUCCGCUACACGGCUCCAGUCAGGAAUGCAUCAAAUGUGCAGUUGUUGGGUGUGGAGGGAUCCUGAAUGGAUCCGAAGCAGGAACGGAAAUCGAAGGUCACGACUACGUCUUCAGAUUAAACAGGGCGAUUUCAGGAGAACACUACGUCAAGGAUGUUGGCAAGAAGACCACUUUUUAUACAUUCUUCCCCGAAUCAGAGCACACUUUUGACGUCAAAGAUGAGAAUGUGACGUCUCUGUACACCAUGUUCAAAUCGUUUGACGUAGCAUACGCUCUGCACAUGGUUAAAGACAUCGAUCCACCACUCGCUGUCAGGGGAGAUAAACAAACAUACACUAUGAGAAAACCCAACGUUAACCGGUCCAAACUGAAGAUUAUCCACCCAAGUUUCUUCCGUUAUGUCUACACAAAAUAUAUGGAUGGAGUUUCCUACAGGCCAACAACAGGUGCUAUAGUUGUGAUCAUGGCCCUACAUCUAUGUGACGAGGUGAACAUAUAUGGAUUUGGGUAUGACAAACGAUUCACUCUGCACUACUACGAUGACAAAUUCAUCAUGCACAUGAACAACUUAACGACCCUGCACGACGUUGACAAGGAACGAAUUCUUUGGAAAAAACUCCACGAAGAGGGAAUCUUGCGACUUUUCAAAAGGGACGAGUGACAUUGGUGAACUGGAAUUCGUUUCCACUAUAGGAACAUUUACUUAGCCAUGUAGUUUGCUCCCUAGUUUAAUCUAUAGUUCACUCUAGGAAGUUUCAGAAACAUUUUACAAGUUGGUUUUUACCCAUUUUACAAUAAACAAUUUGAUUUAGUUCAAUUCGGGUUGGGUUUGGAGGAGUUUUUUCCAAUGAAAAAAAGUGUCACAGAAUCCACCACUGCACUUUUUUUUUGUGAGAAAUCGCCCUAACAUCACAAGGCUAAGGAUGGCCACUCGACUACAGUUGACUGAUUUGGGGGAUCGACCCAAAUCAACUGUCACCAGGGGCACGGUGCCACCUACUCCUGGGGCUGCAACAGGGUUAUCCCUUC